AUUGAGAGGAAUUCCGUUUCCGGGCCGGUUGGUUGCUCUUUCUCGGAAUUGUGACGAGGCGCUCGAUUGCUGGCUGUUUUUGAGCUUUGGGAGAAGAGGCGCGAGGGAAGGACGGGUGAACGGACAGUCGGGUGAUGGUGCUGUUGGAAAGCGAGCAGUUUUUGACAGAGCUUACAAGGCUUUUUCAAAAAUGCAGGACAACAGGCAGCGUUUAUAUAACUCUAAAGAAAUAUGAUGGUCGGACAAGACCCAUACCACGAAAGGGUCACGUGGAGGGUUUUGAACCGGUAGACAACAAAUGCCUUCUAAGAGCAACAGAUGGGAAGAAAAAGAUAAGCACAGUGGUGAGUUCAAAGGAAGUCAACAAAUUCCAGAUGGCCUAUUCAAACUUGCUCAGAGCUAACAUGGAUGGCUUAAAGAAGAAAGAUAAGAAAAGCAAAACGAAGAAAAGCAAAGCAAUGCAAUGAUGGAGCACUAUAUUACUCUUCCUUCAGUGGACCCAAACUCUACUCCCUAAUAUGUUUCUCUUCCAUGUUGCCACUUAUCUUUUGACUUCAUGUCCAGUUGAUAACUGGAAUAUAGUAUUUCGUUAAAAAUGAAAGUGAAGGUGCUUUCUCGAUUGUGGUAUGCAAAAAUAGCCACAAGUUAUAAAUUGCAGCUGCUUGUUCUGGCUGCUUAAUUUUGUCUCUGCGCUGAUCUUUUGUUGAAGCGGGUGAUUAAGAACCUUUCUUUGGAAAAAUGCUACAAAAAUAAACAAUUUUUGAAAUGCUCUUA